CGUGCUAUACCAAUGCGAGCAUCAUCAGCGCUGCCUAGAGGCGCCCACGCCGUGCUCAUCACCUCCGGCCAACUUCGCCACCUCGACCCUCUACUGCAAGUUCCACCGCUCCUUCUCAACAACACCCUCAUCGCUGCUUUCUCCCGAGCCGCCCUCCCCCGCCUCGCCUUCCCGCUCCUCCGCCACAUCCUCUCCUGUGCUUACCCCUUCCGCCCCGACGGCUUCACCUUCCCGUCGCUCAUCCGCGCGGCUCCGAGCAACGCCUCCGCCGCGCAGCUCCACGCCUGCGCCCUCCGGCUCGGUCUCGUCCGCCCGAGCGUCUUCACCUCGGGCUCCCUCGUGCACGCUUACCUCCGGUUCGGCCGCAUCUCGGAAGCUUACAAGGUGUUCGACGAAAUGUCGGAGCGGGAUGUGCCCGCGUGGAACGCGAUGCUGUCUGGAUUGUGCCGCAACGCCCGUGCGGCUGAGGCUGUAGGACUGUUUGGGAGGAUGGUCGGGGAGGGUGUCGCUGGCGACACAGUGACGGUCUCGAGCGUGCUGCCGAUGUGCGUCCUACUGGGGGACCAGGUGCUUGCACUGGUCAUGCAUGUGUACGCUGUGAAGCACGGGCUGGACAAGGAGCUCUUCGUGUGUAAUGCAUUGAUUGAUGUGUAUGGAAAGCUGGGGAUGCUGGAGGAGGCACAGUGUGUGUUUCAUGGAAUGGAGUGCCGUGAUCUGGUGACAUGGAACUCGAUCAUCUCAGGGUGUGAGCAAAGGGGGCAGACUGCUGCUGCUCUCAAGAUGUUUCAGGGUAUGAGGGGAAGUGGGGUUUCCCCUGACGUGCUGACACUUGUUAGUCUGGCAUCUGCUAUUGCCCAGGGUGGGGAUGGCCGCAGUGCGAAGUCGUUGCAUUGUUAUGUGAUGAGGCGUGGGUGGGAUGUGGAUGACAUAAUUGCAGGAAAUGCUAUAGUUGAUAUGUAUGCCAAGUUAUCAAAUAUUGAGGCUGCCCAGAGGAUGUUUGAUAGCAUGCCAGUUCAAGAUUCUGUGUCCUGGAACACGCUGAUCACAGGGUAUAUGCAGAAUGGACUUGCCAAUGAGGCAGUCGAGAGAUAUGGUCAUAUGCAGAAGCAUGAGGGUCUAAAGGCUAUUCAAGGGACAUUUGUUAGUGUUUUGCCUGCGUACUCACAUCUUGGUGCCUUGCAGCAGGGCAUGCGAAUGCAUGCAUUGUCCAUUAAGAUUGGAUUAAAUGUGGAUGUGUAUGUCGGUACUUGUCUGAUAGACCUGUAUGCUAAAUGUGGGAAGUUGGCUGAAGCAAUGCUCUUGUUUGAAAAAAUGCCUAGAAGGAGUACAGGUCCCUGGAAUGCCAUAAUUUCUGGUCUUGGAGUUCAUGGGCAUGGUGCAGAGGCUCUCACUCUGUUCUCACGGAUGCAGCAAGAAGGAAUUAAGCCUGAUCAUGUCACAUUUGUUUCAUUAUUAGCUGCCUGUAGUCAUGCUGGCUUAGUUGACCAAGGUAGGAGUUUCUUUGAUGUGAUGCAGGUGACCUACGAUAUUGUUCCCAUCGCAAAACAUUAUGCGUGCAUGGCAGAUAUGCUUGGCAGAGCUGGUCAGCUAGAUGAAGCUUUUAAUUUCAUACAAAACAUGCCAAUUAAACCUGAUUCUGCUGUUUGGGGCGCUCUGCUUGGUGCUUGCAGGAUUCAUGGGAAUGUUGAAAUGGGCAAAGUGGCUUCACAAAACCUAUUCGAACUUGAUCCGGAAAAUGUUGGAUAUUAUGUUCUCAUGUCAAAUAUGUAUGCAAAGGUUGGGAAAUGGGAUGGAGUUGAUGAAGUAAGGUCUUUGGUCAGACGUCAAAAUUUGCAGAAAACCCCUGGAUGGAGUUCAAUAGAGGUGAAAAGAUCAGUGAAUGUAUUUUACAGUGGCAACCAGACAGAACCCCACCCUCAACACGAAGAGAUCCAGGCAGAGCUGCGGAGUCUGCUGGCCAAGAUCAGAAGUGUAGGUUAUGUUUCAGACUACAGUUUUGUCCUACAGGAUGUAGAGGAUGAUGAAAAGGAACAUAUCUUGAACAAUCAUAGUGAGAGAUUAGCUAUUGCCUUUGGCAUCAUAAAUACUCCUUCAAGAACUCCGCUCCAUAUAUACAAGAAUUUGCGUGUGUGCGGGGAUUGCCACAAUGCUACCAAAUAUAUAUCACAAAUAACUGAGAGGGAGAUCAUUGUCCGGGAUUCAAACCGGUUCCACCACUUUAAAGAUGGUCACUGUUCUUGUGGGGAUUUUUGGUAAAACAUAAUAUAAUGUUUUUUGUAUGUAGAACGUUUUUAGUCAAGCUGAGUCUACCUAGUCAUCAAGUAGGAUGUUAAUAUUGAUGGACUGAUGAGGUUUAGGAAUGAACUGAAAUAGUUUACUCAUGUCAAAAGUAGAUAGAACGGUUUAGUUAAUAAAAAAUCUUUCCUUCUAUUCUUGAACUGAUAGUAUUUAACAGAAUACAUUUGUUGUUGCUUGUUAAUAUUGAGUUUUAACAAUAAAUUUCUCUGA